UGGAAAAUAGAGACCUGCUUUAUAUCCCAGGUCUUUGAUGUGUUUAGUGGUUCCAGUAAGGAUCUGCCUCUCUUUUGUUUUGAUUUACAAGACCUUUCCUAUAUAUUUGAGCAGUCAAGCAGCCCAGUACAGAGGGUAGAGACAUUUACCCAGAGGAACUUCUAUCACUCAUUGUGACUUGCAGGGAUUUCGGGUCCCGGUGUGAGCUCUAAGAGAAGAGUUAGUUCCAGCAAGAUCAGAGGAAGGACAUGAAGCUGGCACACCUUCUCCUUGGCCCCAUGGCCCUCCUCCUCCUGGUUGGCUGCUGCUGCGUUCUCAGCACCUCCGGCGGGAACCUGCACACCUUUGUGGGCUGUGCUGUGAGGGAGUUUACCUUCCUGGCCAAGAAGCCCGGCUGCAGGGGCCUUCGGAUCACCACUGAUGCCUGCUGGGGCCGCUGUGAAACCUGGGAGAAGCCCAUUCUGGAGCCCCCGUACAUCGAAGCCCACCAUCGAGUUUGUACCUACAACGAGACCAAACAGGUGACCAUCAAGCUGCCCAGCUGUGCCCCCGGAGUUGAUCCUUUCUACACCUACCCCGUGGCUGUCCGCUGUGACUGCGGGGCCUGCUCCACGGCCACCACUGAGUGUGAGACCAUCUGAAGAACACAGAUGACAGGCGUGAGCCUCACAGACCCACCGGCAUGGGCAGCACAAGCAGCUAUUACCCCUGGAUUCAAGGACUUUAAUUUGGAGGAGGUUACCUGUCCCCUCCAGCCCAGGCACAAGACCCAGAGGAAGCAUACGUAGGCUCAUGAUGCAAAACAGUAUUUGUGCCUUCACUAAAAUAAUUCUCUAGUUCACAAACCUGCACAUUUAAUUUUUCUUCACCUUGAAGCUCAGAACAUAAUUUGAAUAACACUCUCAUCCUCCAAUUUGGAUUUAUAAUAUGCCAAUGGUUUAAAUGCAUUUGGGUGUAAUUAAUUAGGCAUGGGGCUGGAAAGUUUUUAAAUUCUCAUGUCCUCCUUAAUGACGGGUCUCCCACUAGAUUUAUGACCAAAGGGCCGGAAAUCAAUAAAAUCCAUGUUUAAUCCUCAUACCCCUACCCCAGA